AUGCAACUUAAAAGAAUUGCAGUGGUUGGAUCGGAACAUGUUGUUGAAGCAGAAGCGAAGAUGGCUUCUGAUUUGGGUAGAAAACGACGUCCAGAGGAUAAUAUUCCAGUUGUCGAAAUACGAGGUGAAGGCAAACCGAUGACUGCUGCCCAAAUAAGAGAACUUGAAGAAGCGUCUAACGGCGAAACUAAUAGUAACCCGAAAUCAAGCUAUGCAACUUUACUGAAAAUGUUCCAGGUUGAGCACACCUGGCAACCAGUGGAAUGCCCACGUGCCGCAAAGCGGAAGGAUUUUGUUACUUUCCAUUAUAAAGCUUUCACUGAGACGGGUAAAAAGUUCGAUCAAACAUAUGGCCGAGGACCGGUUAGAAUACAACUCGGAGUUGGAAUGACUAUGCCCGGACUCGAUAAAGGACUUCGUGGCAUGUGCGACACAGAGCUCAGAAAGAUUCAUGUACCGUAUCGUCUCAGUAGAAAGAGGAAAAGCAGAACAUGGAAGAACAUUUUGAAUGAUGAGCACUGGCUGUUGUUUAACAUUGAAAUGAUGAAGGUUGAACCUUGGUCUUACGAACUGCAGUUCCAGUUUAUGGAUCUGAAUAACGACAGUUAUUUAACACAAAAUGAGCUAGUGAAAUUCCAACAGAAGAUGAAAAAAGAUUUCGGUAAGACGUGGACUAACGAGGAUAUUGAUCCGGUUACAGCGGCGAAAUAUUAUAUCAAGUACUUCGAUGCAGAUGGUGAUGGCAAAGUAGAUCUGAAAGAGUUUCGUGCGGUCAUGGAAAGAGAUAUGGCCACAAUGGCUGCAAACAAACCAGAUAAGAAGAUUGAAGGUAGAACAAGAGAUCCUGGAAUAGCUUGGAUACUGGAUUUCAAUAACGAUGGAAUUGUUUCUGUUCAGGAAAACGAUCGAGCAGACGAGGUGCUUGAGGGUGAGCCAGCGAUAGCUGCUACAUUUGCAAAAGAUGAACUCUAG